AUAUGAUUAGAGUUGAUCCAGCGUUUAAGGUGAAGUCAAUCGUUAAUUUUGUAAAAAAUAAAUACGGAUUUGUAAUAACAUAUAAGAGAGCUUGGUUGGCCAAAAAUAAGGCUAUAACAAAAGUGUUUGGGGAUUGGGAUAAGUCCUUUGAGGAGCUUCCACGGUACGUGCAGGCAUUAAUGCAAUCUAAUCCAGGAACAGUGGUGCAAUGGGAAGUCCAACCAACAAUGGAUCCUACCAAAGUGAUGUUUCAGCGAAUGUUCUGGGCUUUCGGACCAUCCAUUAAGGGUUUUCCCCACUGUCGUCCCCUUAUUUCUAUAGAUGGUACACAUUUGUACGGAAAGUACAGAGGCACACUUAUGAUUGGUAUGUCCAUAGAUGCAAAUUCUCAGUUGUUCCCACUUGCCUUUGCCGUUGUGGAGGGAGAGAGCAACGACACAUGGAGUUGGUUCUUGGAUUGUAUAAGGCAUUAUGUCACUAAGAGGGACGGCUUAUGUGUUAUAUCUGAUCGUCACAAGGGAGUUUUGCAUGCAAUGAACAGAGUUGGAAAAGGUUGGGAAGAACCAUAUGCAUUCCAUCGGUUUUGUAAACGUCAUCUAGCUUCAAACGUGCAUAAGAAGUUUAAAAACAUAGCGGUUAAGAACUUAUUUGGAAAAGCUUCUGAACAAACAAAGAUUCGGAAGUAUAAUUUUUACAUGAAUCGCCUUAAAGAGCUUAAUGAGGACGCGUACAAGUACUUAGUGGACGGUUCUAUUCCCGAGCGCCAAUGGACUUUGAUUCAUGACGGUGGGCAUCGAUAUGGAGUGAGAACUACAAACAUGUCUGAAGCGUUCAACGGCGUUAUGAAAGGGGCCAGGUCACUCCCAAUCACUUCAUUAGUUAGGAUGACAUUCUACCGGGUAAACGAAUACUUUGCCACAAGGAGGGAUUUAGGGAGAAGCAGAUUAGAUAGUGGACAUGUGUAUGCGAAGAAACCAAGUGAUACGAUUGAUAAGAAUGCUGAAAAAGCACGCUUUCAUGAUGUUAGGAUAUAUGACACAGUGCGUGGGAUAUUCGAGGUCACCACUGGUUGUGGCAAUAGGAUAGCAGGAAAAGGUGGAAAAUCCUACAUGGUUGACCUCACAGCAACAUCAUGCACAUGUCAGAAACCAACCAUCUUCAAGUUACCGUGCUCACAUGUUCUUGCAGUAUGUCGAGCUCGUAACAUAUCGUACGAUGCUUUUGUGGACCCUUCAUUUCGCACUACAAAAUACGUAUCGACAUAUAAGAAGUCUUUCAUGCCCGUUCCAGACAUGUUUACUUGCGAUCCUUGGAAUGGUCCUACAGUUGUUCCAGAUCCCUCAACGAAGCGUGCAAAGGGUCGUCCGCGAUCAACUCGUAUACGGAACGAAAUGGAUGCACCGUUGAAGCGUCCUCGUAACUCGUGUACCUUUUGUGGAUGUAGUGGUCAUAAUAAGAAAACAUGCCCUCGAAGGUCAACAAACGAUCAUGGCGAUGCCGGGCCCAGUAGCGGAGGUUGACGAGUUCACACCAUCUCAUCGACCGGUGUGCAAAACAAAAGGGGUCGGGGGUUGUAGUUUAACAAGCUUUGUAUAUUCUUAUACGACUUGAACUUCUUGUAUGAGUUUCCAUAAUUGUAAUAUAUCUUUGCAUUAGUUUCAUAAUUAUUUUUUUCAAAACAAUCCGGUUCGUAAUUGAUUAUUAUGGAAUAGAUGGUAUUGAACUAGUUUAAUGCAUGUUGCGUUCACUAUUUUAAAAUGAAAGAAAAAAAAACUUAAGGCAAAGAAAAAAAAAAAAAAAAAGUCACAAGCAAACCGCCACAUGAAGUGGCGGUUUACCUGGACCAAACCGCCACUUCAGAUGGCGUUUUUGUGGUUAAGGCAAACCGCCACUUGAGAUGGCGGUUUUAUCUGGAAAAAAAUAAAAAAAAUUUAAUUUUCCACGUGGACGGUAUUGUGGGAAAUACUUUCCCAAAUAAUGCAAAGUGGGAAUUAUUUUUUUAUUUUGCAAUAUUUUGGGAAUACUCUCA